AUGCAGCCUGUGGUGAAAGGACCUCUCGGCCCUCCAUUUCGGGAAGGCAAAGGGCAGUACAUAGGUAAGUAGCCUUCGGGUGCACAGAGUCCGGAGGAGGCAGAAGUGGGGGUGGGGUGGGGUUGUAGAGUUUUAUCUUGAAGAAACAACAACUCCCAGGCCCAGGCCUCUUACUGUUUUUACCUACUUAAAAUGUUCAGUUUACUUUUACAGUGGUACCUCAGGUUAAGAACUUAAUUCAUUCCAGAGGUCCGUUCUUAACCUGAAACUGUUCUUAACCUGAAGCACCACUUUAGCUAAUGGGGCCUCCCGCUGCCGCUGUGCCGCCAGAGCACGAUUUCUGUUCUCAUCCUAAAGCAAAGUUCUUAACCUGAGGUACUAUUUCUGGGUUAGUGGAGUCUGCAACCUGAAGCGUCUGUAACCCGAGGUACCACUGUAUUCUUCUUGUCAGUAGCCCUGAGAACUUGGCUAUAGGUUGGCAUAUAACUGAUAAUUUUUAAAAAAUUGUUGCCUUCAUCUUUCCAUGUUUAAUGUUAGCUUCACACCUCCUCUGCCUAGACCCCACAGUAAUUAUGGUGAUUCCAUCCCUGCCCUUUUCUCCUACAAGUAGAAACCAUAGUUAACGGAGAAGAUGUUUAAUUUCUAAGUGGUAGUUGCUAGGAGAAAGGAGGCCAUCAUGCUGUGUCUCCCAGUGCUGGUUGCUAGGUGAUGAAGAGAUUGUGCCAUUUUGGUUGUCUCACAGUGGUGCCUAAGAGUGUGUGGCGCUGUGUCCGUUGACUAGCAGAGGUUGCCUGGAGGCCAUAAGGUUGCAGUGUGUGGUCUGCAUUCGUGAUGGUGGUAGUUAGGCCACAGAAUGGCUGCAGAAGCAAGUGGUACUAUUGCUUCCCUUGAUUGGGACACUAUACUUCUGUUGAUGCAUCCUAGAAUAGCAUUUGCUUUUUUUUGCUGUUUCAUCACACUGUUGACUCACAUGAAGCUUGUGGUCUACUAAGACCCCUAGAUCCUUUUCACAUGUACUACAGGAAAGCCAGGUGUCCCCCAUCUUAUAUUUGUGCAGCUGGUACAUUUGUCUCUGUGGAAAUUCAUUUUAUUAGUUUUGGCCCAGUAUGGGCCAAACUUCUAAGAUCAUCUUGAUUCCUGAUUCAGUCUUCUGUGGCAUUAGCUACCCCUCCCAGUGUGGUAUCAUCUGCGAAUUUGAUGAGCAACCCCUCCAUUCCUUCAUCCCUGUCAUUUAUAAAGUUGUUGAACAACAGUGGGCCCAGGAUAGAAUUGUGUGGCACCCCACUUGUCACUUUUUUCCAGGAUAAUGAGGAACCAUUAGUGAGCACUCUUUAGGUUCAGUCAACCAGCUACAAAUCUACCUAGCUGUUACCUUGUCAAGCACACAUUUUACCAGCUUUUCUGCAAGAAUAUCAUGGGGAACAUUGUCAAAAGCCUUGCUGAAAUCAAGAUCCACUAUAUCCACAGCACCCCCCUGAUCCACAAAGCUUGUAACUUUAACAGAAACACACAGGAGGUUCAUCUGGCAUGACUUGUUUUUGAGAAACCCAUUUGGGUCUUAGUAACCAGGAGCAGAGGAAGGGGGGUGCGGUGGGGGCGAACCGCCCCAGGUGUCUUCGCUGAGGGGGGUGACAUUUGGCGCACCGCCUGUGACUCCCAAGCCUGCCCCAAGCUGUCGGGGGAAAGGGGGAGCUGCGCCGCUUUGCCGGCGGCAUUCCCCCACUUCCCCCUUUGUUUUGACAGCUGGGGGUGGCUUGGGAAUCACGGGUGGGCAGCGUGCCGAAUGUCUGCCAUUGGCAGCUUGCUCCGCCCCCCAGCUGCAGGGCGCACACGCCGCUCCGUGCACUCAAGUGGCUAUACCGCGCCUGGAAGGGCACCCUCCGUGCCCGGCCCCCCUUGGGAGUGUGCCUGUCCUAGGCAGCACAGGCAUAUGCUCCACCACUGAUGACAGCAUCCUUUUUUUCUAUGUGCUGACAUAUCAAUCUAUUCUAGGACCUUUCUUGGUAUCUGUGUCAAGCUAAUAAUUUGGGAGUUUCCUGGGUCUACUCCCCAACCCUUUUUGAAGGUGGGGUAAAAAGAAGAUUCUGGAAACUACCGACCUGUCAGCUUGAGGGAACCACAAGGGACAAGCCUUUUCUGUGGUGGCUCAACACAGUGGAGCUGGGGUUGGCUUCUCCCUUUUUGUAAAGCCUUGAAGUCUGAUUUUCAUUGAUUGGCCCUUCCCCUGUGUAGUUUAUGUUUCACUCACUGAAAGUAGGUUGCUAUAUCAUUGUAUUACUGGAAUUGUGAGUCUGUUUUUAUUGCUUUAAAUUUAUUUUUAUACUUUCUCUAUAUGCAAAUACAUACAUAUACAGUACAUGUGGGGGGGUCUUUUUUUUCUUGGUAUUAGUGAUACUGAUUGUUUUUUGCAUGUACUUUGUAUUGUUAAAAAGUUAUUUGGAUGGGAUUUCCCCAGAAAAGCAACAUACAGAUAUCUAAAAAUAAAAAAGCUGAUGUAAAACAGAUAUAAGUUCAUAGUGCAGCUGUGCACAUAGAGGUUAGCUCUGCUCCCUUUAGAUGAUGGAACAACAGUUGUGGCUGUUGCUAGGCAUGUGUGCGCGCACACACACAUUAUCUCAAGACAUGCUGAACCUUAUUGCUUUCCCUGAAAAGGCUUGGGUUCUCAGAUCAGUUCCCUUAGUAUUUACUGUGGUUACAUGGCAAUGGCAUCACAACCCAAGGUGAUUGGAGAGUGCAGUGGCUGGAGUGCUGGACUGGGAAGGCAUGGGUUUAGACCUGCCCCCACCCCCCAUGUGUUCUGGACAAGACACCACCUUUGAGUCUAUUGUUGUUGAGAGUGUAGGUGCUGUAUUAUGGGACCAGGGUGUGAUAUUGGCGUUUUCUGUGACAGGAGAUUUAAUUAUCUUUUUUAUUAUUUCCCCCCUUCUUAUAAUCAGAAGCUAGCUGAGUAAGUGGGUUCCAAUUUCUGCAAUGUAGCUGGGAAGAAUAUUUUAAUUUGCUUCCCUGUUCUGACCUCCCCCCCGCACCCUGGCCUUGCUUCAGUGUAUGAGCUACAAAAGGGACUCCUGUGUAUUUUGCCUCAAACUGCAAAAUAACUGUGGCAGGGCAGCACGCAGGUGUGGGCCAGCAAAGGAGAUACGCUGUAGAAUAUAUGGUGCCCAGUAAAACAAUUCACCUUUUGUUUUGCCUAGAGGUGGAAUACGACUCCCAGGAGCCUUUGCACUUCUGCUGGCUCAAGUGGGUUUGCAUUGGCGGGGGAGCCUAGGAAUAUGUCUCUGUUUGAGUGCUUCCUUUGAUUGGCUUGCCAUCGUGUUCAUGCAGGUGUUGGUUUGGAGAGCGAGACCAUUGGACAGGAAGCCUGGUGUGCUUUUCAGCUGAGGAAAGGCAGGCAAUCAAGGCAGGCCACCCAGAGAGGAGAGGAAACUGGGGCCCAGGCUGGCAGGACAUUGUUUCCUGCUGCAGUAGCCUGAGUUUUUGGGUUUUUCCUUCCCUCUGGGGUACCUGCUGGAGACAGCCACAGCUAAAGGCAGGAUGUUGAGUGGAAUGGAUGUGCCAUAACAACGUCCCCUUCAGGAAGACGGAGGAUGCGUACACACUCCGAUUAGUCUGCAUCCAGUGCACUUCCACUUCUGGUUUGGGAAGCAGUGUACACAUGAUGUUAGCACAAUCCAUAUAUAUCCCGCAGUUUCUUAGGAAAUAGUGCAUUUUGAUGCAUUUUCUCCCAAGCCAGCUUUGAUCCAAAUUGAGAAGAACAGCCAAGAUGCACUUUAAGCUGAUAAUGUUUACAUAGCCAGAGUAUGAAUUGGCAUGCUGUUUCAUUUGGCUAGUGACUUUAGGUGGGGUAGUUGUAUUUUGCUUGGUGGAGGGAGGCUCCCUCACUCUUUUAUUUUCUUGUAUUGCCUUCCUCAGUAGCCUGUGGGUUGGUUGGUUUGGUUUUUGAUGGGGUAAUUUAUAUCUAACUUCAUCGUUUAUGGCAGGGGUAGCAAUCAUGGUGCCCUCCAGAUUUAGUUUAUUGCCAGUUCCCAUCUAUCUCAGCAAGUGUGACCAAACAUCAGGGAUGACUGGAGUUGUGGUCUAAAUAUAUAUGUGGAGCACUUGAUUCCCACUGUGCCCCAGUUCUCUGUUAGUGCCGUUCUGUUUUCAGGAUUAGCAGUCAAUGAUCAACACAGGAGGAUGCAGACAGCCCAAGGCAUUUUGCUGCCUGAGGCAGAACAGUAAAUUGCACCAUUCCCCUCCCCCCCAAAGUGUGCAUUAUGUGUGUGUUAUUUUACCACCUGAGGCAGAAAAAUCCCAUGAGUCUCUCUCUCUGGGAGAUAAAUUCCAAUAAUAAUAAAACAAGAGACCAACUGCUGCCCUUUUGUAACAAGGGACUGAGGCAUCAGCCUCACUCUACCUAAAGUUAGGGCAGACCCUAGAGGAGGGGCCGAAAUAUAGGUGUGGCUGCCUUGUUCCAUUUGGCUAGUGAAUCAUCAGUUUUAUGAUCACACAGUGGCCUUAUUCAGCCAUGUCUCCCACCCAAGGGCCACAUCCCAUAUUGCACAGGAAGACUUCCCCAGAAUAGAAGAGAGCUUGGCUCAGGCACUUGGUAGGCAGCAACCGUCUUCCCAUCCUAAAGUAAGGUGUCAGACAUUCAGCUGGGCGACAUAUCACACCCAGUCUGUUUUUAAAGCAUGUUAUUCAUUUAGUUUUCUUUUAAGAUGUGUGGCAAUCAGCAUUUCACAGGAAAGGGCUGUACCUCAGUAGUAGACUGCAUGACUUGUGUGCAGAGGGUCCUAGAUUUCAUCCCUGGAAUCUCCAGACAGGGCAAGGAAACAUUCUUUCCUGAAACCCUGAGCAGCCACAGUUGGUAGGGUGGGGGUGAUUCUGUUAGCAUUCAAAGCUGGAUUUAUCAAAGCAAUAUGAGAACCAAAACAUAGGCAUCCUUCAAAAUUCACACUUACCCAGAUUUUGCAGUGCAGUUCUCCAACAAACAAUCUGUGAGCUAUGAAAACAGAUGUCCUUCAGCCCUCCUCAGGUGAUUCACCCAAACCUUGGGAAAUUUACUAUUAGAGUUACAAAAGCACACAAGCAGGAAACACAAGCCUGAGAAGGGUACUGACAUUUAGGCCAUUGCAUCCCUUUGCCCCCUCAGGAUGGAGGUGAAUUACAGUUAUUAAAUCUUUUACUCUACACCAAGACUGAUGACAAGGUCAAGUUAAAAACUUCUGAGCUUGUAAAUAAAGCCGCUGCUGUUAAAACAGUGUAAGUAACUUGGCACCGGUGAAAACUGUCUUUUGGUAAAUGCUCUUACUCUGCCCUAAAAGUGAGGAAGUUUUGUGACUGCUGCAGGCCGGGUGUGAAGGGAGGGUUUUCAGGCUACCACUGUGAGACAGCAGGUGCUCUCCAGUUGCAGCACCACAGCUGGACAGCAAAGGGGCUUCCCGGUCAUUGUUGAGGGAUACAGGGGGCAGUACGGUAUGAAAUCCGGGCAGGCUUCUCUGGCUGACAACAGACAAAAUCAGAGAAGUAAUCAAUGGUCCCUGGGGACUGCUUCACUCUGAACUGGAGACACAGCUUUGCUGAACCUUGCUGGAGACUGCAGGCUUAUUAUCUAGGUUGGUAAAGACACAUGGACAAGAGAGAGCAGAUCCAGAGGUGUAGACCCCUGUAAGAGAAGGGCAGGCCCUAGUGGUGGAACAUCUGCUUUGUAUGCCGAAAUCCCAGGUUCAAUCCCCGGCAGCUCUCAGGGUAGGGAAACCCUGGAGAGCUGCUUACUAGUCAGUUUGGACAAUACUGAGUUAGAUGGAUUCUUUGUCUGCCUUGGUAUAAGGCAGCUCCCUGUUUCCCUGAGGCUUGAAGAGACUAGAUUUACCUCCCUGUCUGCAAAACAAGUGGCAUAAGCACUUUCCCACAUGGCACCUAUGUUUUGGCACACCUGAUAAUCAGAUGUGCUGGGUUGUUGGUGAUGCACAGGAGGCUUAUAAAAGCAGCCAAUUAAAAUAAAUGAAACCUGGCAAAUGUUUAAGUGCUGUUCCCCAUCUUCACAACCAUGUAGGAGUUCACAUUUAAUAAGUUAUCAGCAGUGCUUUCCAAAGAUGCUUCUUCAUUUGUUAUAUUCUUUACACAGGGAAUAUUGGUGUAGAAAGCAUAUAUACACUACCAUAAUGUAUAUAUGCAAACUUGGGAUAUUUACCUCGAAAAGCUAAAAUGUGUAUAAAACUUCUUGCUGGAAAAAAAAACUCUCAAAGCAUUGUUUGGUAAACAAUGUUGAGGUGGUUGGGGUUUUUUUUGCAAUCAAGCAGUAUAUAAAUUUUAUGAAAUGAUAUUAAAUAAAUAAGAUUCAGUGGACUUUGGGGGAAAUCAGGUCUCUGCUUGGGUGCAUUUUUUAGAGGAAAGUGGCUUAAGCUAUAAAUGGCACUCACAAAUGAUGUGGUAUAUGAGAUUUAGGGCUGCAGGAGUCACCAACCUUGUGGGGCCUGUGGACACAACUGCAAACUAGAGAAACUGUGGACAGCACAACACAACAACAACCAACCACACACCACAGCCUAUUCUGCUGAUUACAAUGGAAUGCUUCUCUCAAAACUAAUUUCAGGAAAGGGAGUGUAGGCUCUGGGCACCAGGAAAUCCUUGCCAGGCACAUCCCGGAAGUGGUGUAUCAUAGUGGCUCAGAGACAGAUAUGAACCAGGCAAUCCCCAGUUCACUUCUCAUGUCUGCCAUGAACUCCAUAGGUUGCAUUGGACAAGCCACAGUCUGUUGCUCAGCCUUCCUCCCCUGCCACGUUCCCAUCUGCAAAAUGGAAAGAUACCACUGGCAUACCUGACAGCAGCCUUUGCCCAACUGGUGCCCUCCAGAUGCUUUGGUGUGACUCCCAUUGGCCCUAGCCAGCACAGACGUUUUGGAGAAAAGGCAGCCUUACAGAGUUGUUGCAAAGACUGCAGCUAGGUAAUGUACAUAAUGUACAUAAAAUCUACAUGUACAUAAUGUACAAAAUGUACAUAAUAUCUAUAUUAAGGUCCCCCAUGCCUACAAAAGAUUCCACUCCAACUUCUUUUUUGCCCAGUAUGCUUGGGACUGCCUCCCCUCGCUCUAAACCUACCUUUUCUUUGAAUCCUUUGACUCAGCCCUCUAGUUCCUCAUGCUCUGUGCCAACUGCUGCUGCCUUGAGAAGGACUGCCCUUGAUGAGAGGUGGAGACUGCAGCUAGUGUAAAAUGCAACUGCUAGGCGGGUCAGUGGGGCAGCCAAAUAGGAUCAUGUGUCCCUUGUCCUGAGAGCACUGCACUCCCUCCCUCAGUACCUGCCCCAAGGCAGCUGCCUCACUCUACCUCAUGGUAUCUGUUGCAUUUGGUGAUAGAACAAGAUGUUUCUCAGCAUCAUUCCAGAGUACAUGUAUUGCUGAUGCAGAAUUAUAAUUUAUAGAACUGUGAGAGAGUAAGGGAAAGGGUAUCUUUACCCAGAUGUCUUAAAGGCUAGCAGAGAAGAUGGGCAUCUCUUGCACAGGAAUUACUGCUCAACCGACUAGGCUCAUCAGAUGUUUAAAUGUGGUAUGUAAGGAGGUUAAAAGACACACGCACACCCUUCUAUGUAGCAUUAAAGGGAGCAAAGGUCUUCUUUUCUUUUUCCCUGCCUUUUCCAGCUGUUGUGAAGCUCUUAUCUGAACUGCAGCCAAGGAGAACAAAACAAAGCACAAACUCCAGCACAGCCUUACUGAGAAGUAACAUUUUUGGCUGCUGAUGGGCUGAGAUUCAAGUAUCUCUCUGUGCUAGUGUUUAUUUCUUCCAAUGUGUUCUUGUUGCCACUGAGCAGGCUGAGUUUGUGAAAACAGCAGGCAGCAGCAGCAGCACACCCUGGGUGAGAGGCAACAAAAGAAAAGAAAGAAAAGCUGAUCAGGCAAGGAAGGAAGAUUUGUCCAAGUUUUAGAACUAGGCUUUUCCACCUCCUUCCUCCCCUUCACUCCCACUCAUUCUCUAGCUCAAGCAUGGGGUACAUCACUCCAGCAGCCCCCUCCAAAAAAAACUCUACACCCAUGGCCCCACCCACAAGAGGGAGAAAGUACCUGCACACACACUCUUUUCCCAAGGACUGACAGUUAGAUCCAAUGGAAUUAACUGGAACAUAGAAGAGCCAGUCAGUUUAGAGUAGACAGUACUGAGCUAGCUGGACCAGUGGCCUGACAUAGCAUCCUGUGAAUGUGCAGACACUUUGCAUUUUCCCCAAGGACUAACUUACAGCAUGGUGACUGCUCAGAAAAGACAAAUGUUCUGGGGACAUGAUACCUAACUAUUCAAAAGCAUGCAGAGAACAUACUCUGAAUGUGGAAAAUAUGCAUGUUGAGUUCUCAAGUAAGAAAAUAAAACGAGGAGGCAGGCAUAGGGGCUUGAACUAGAGCCCUGGCUUAGCCCCAGUGCCUUUUACAAGGCAAGAAAAGUAUAUUGCCGGAGUAAACUGGGGGGACAAAUAGCUUCAUGAUCAGGUGAUGGCCAUAGCCAAUGGAAAAAUGCUGAUGCUUUAUGUAACACCACCACCUAGUGGCUGUUUCUGGAAUUUGCAGUCUUUCAAAGUCACAGUUUCUAAGUUGCAAUAUCAAGAGGCCUCCAAAGGCAGCUUGAGGAGGAGGCUUGUCUAGUUCCACUCAUGUUUGAGACACAAACAGAACCAUGGGAACAGAACCGCAGGAACUGGGAAAGUCUAGGUGCAAUGAAACAUAGGGGUUUGCCAUGAUGCCAUCACUGGUUCCUCCGGGGGAAGCCAGGUACAGAGUGGUUUUCAGGAGAAAGUUGCCACAGUCUGAAUCAGGAGCAUAAUCCAGAUUGGGGCCUGAGGCUGCUUUUUCUCCAGAGUAAAUACAGCCAGGUUAAGUGUGUUUAUUAAAGUGUGUGACUAACUAAUAACAACAACAACAAUAAUAGUUUUAUUACUUAUACCCUGCCAAUCUAGCUGGAUUGUCCCAUACACUCUGGACGGCACUUGGUCUCUGACCUAAGUUCCCCACCUGUAAAAUAGAAUCAGUAAAAGACCUUGCAGGAUUGUUCGGAUGAUGAACAUUUUGAAAAUGAAAUCAGAUUUAUUCUCCACCUGUGAUAUAAAGGGCCACAAACACAUUUUGUGCUGCUAGCACAAUCAAGUGUCAAGGCAUUUUUCUGAAGUCUACCAGGGAGUGGGAGCUGAUUGCAUAUGUGCUCCCUCCCAGAAGCAGACACCAUCCCUGCAAAUAAAACACAUAGCAUGUCAGGGUGAUGGUUAGAUAAAUCUUUUUUGCUUUUACAUGCAGAGGCAUACUGCUUCCACCAUCACCUUUAACUAAGCCUACCUGCAGAGCAAAGCAAAAAAGAAACUUCUCCUAGCAGGUUCCUAGCAAUAACAUUUUUGAUUUAAUUGUUCAUGACUUGCAGUGUCAGGAAAAACUUCGGCAACUGAUUUUCUUGAAAUGGCUCUUGAUGAGGAUUUAUCAUCAGAGGCAUGGAUCUGGUUUUAGAAAAUAAUCAAUGUAGUGCUUUUGAGUAUUCACAGCACUUCAAAUACAUUCUCCAUUUUUUAGUAUGUUCAUUCUUGCAACCUUUUAAGGUAGGCCAGUAUUAUUAUCCUCACUUUCCCAUCUAAAGUGUGGAGGGGGGGGGACUGUGACUAUAUGAGUGCAAAGGGCUUAGUGUUUAUGCAUUACUCACGGCAGCUAACUAAAAUCAAGAAUGAAAUACACUUAAAACAAAGAGCCUCCCAUAACAGUUAGAAUGUGAAGAACAAUCCCAAUCAAGAAGAGGCAGAGCUCAGAUGUUAAGAGAAAUGGGGGCCAUCCAUUGAAGAAACCUUCCCUUAACACCCACCAGGCUUUCCCUCCCCCCCUUUCUUGGUGGGUGUAGCCUUUAAGCACUAGUUGAGGUUCUCCUCAUGCCUCAGUGGGAGGGCAUAAAUCCCCACACAAACACUGUUGCAGUUGAGCACACACUCUGUUUCUGUGGCGAGACAUAAUUCUUUUGAAAUUGGAUCACAUCAGGGCUGCAGUGUCCCAAUUUCUCCGUGCUAGCGUCCCCGGUUUGGUUUUCCUGUCUGCUUUCCUGACCGGCUGAAGUUGGCAAAGUUGCAUCUGUUCGUUCCCUUUCCACCUCUCUCCCCCACCUCCCAAUUCCUUUUCAUAAGACUGGUGUGUGUGUGUUGUUUUUUCUUUCACUCUCAUUCCCUCGCCUUGUAGGCCUGACUGCUUCCUUGUUCUGAUGACCUAGAAAGCUAAUUCUUCUCAAACUAUUGACUGCAGCAUAAGAACAUACUGAAAUAAUUUUCCUCGGGAAAGCAUUUUUUCCGGGCGCCGAAAGAGAACGAAAAAAACUUGCUUGAGCAUACAAGCUUAAAUGGCUCUCUUUGGCUGCAUUACUACUGUGGCCACUUAAGAGCUAUAUGGGCAAGGAUUUCCUGAGAUGCCUUUGCAACCCUAGCUAGGACAGUGGAUGUGGGCAAGGCCUUUGAUAUGCAGAUAAGCCGCAAAUGUUUCCACUAACAGGAGGAGAGUAACAUCAGGAAUGUCUGGUGCUAAUUUUUCAGAUUUGAAAAUAAGAUAAGUGUAUUCCAUACACUCACCUACUGGAAUGAGGGCUGCUUUGUCAAUGCCAUCUGGGUCUUUUUCCUCGCAUGUGUGUUUCAUUUGCAGAAUUAGUCUCCCAUUGGCUGAGGGAAACUGUUUCACAAUGGCCAAAUCUCUGGAGACUUACUUUCUUUUGAAGAGAUGGUGUUGAUCCUGUCUAUCGCUGCAUCAAGACAGUGCUUAAACAGAAGUACAUGCGGAGGCGGGGGUAGACCCAAACUCAGCAUCUUUGUGUAGAGUGAACAAAGGCUCUUUUACAUCACUCAUGAGUUUUAGGGGAACACCAUGGCAUUUAAAAGUAUGUAAGUUUAGCACAGUUUCAACAACAGAAAAGCAGGAGAGGCCUGCCUGAGCACUGUUCUUUGUUUUGUGCCUCUUGCAAGCUAGGUUUCUUUACGAAUGUAGUUUUCUUAAGGGGCUAGCCUUUACCUCCAUCUGCGACCCUCUUGUACAGUAGAUUUUGCAUAUGCAUAUGCAGAAACAUAAUCACUUGUUCUUAUUUUAGAGUUGUCUGGAUUAUGCUGUUUAAUUGUCACAAUGCAGAAAUGCAGCUAAUUAUUCCAAAGGACCUCAAAUCUAAAUACAUAUUUGGAAAUAUGUUGUUGUUCUUGUGCAAUGUCCUUUGAUGGCAUUAAUGUGUCUACUCAAGACUUUCAGGCAACAAAGGUUGUUACCUACCCAGAUACUAUGUUCUGAAAGCAACAGAAGGAAGUUUAACCAAUAAUGGUGCUGGGAGCCAUUGGUAGUUGGAGCUGAAGAGAUGGCAUGCAUCUACAUUUCCCUUGGCUUCCAAAAUGUUACUUGCCAGUCCUUUCUUUCCCAAUUCAUACUGAUGUGUCCCUCUUCUCUUUGCAGAUAUGCCACCACUGCUGCCGAUGGACCUCAAAGGAGAACCCGGACCUCCUGGAAAGCCUGGCCUAAGAGGACCUCCUGGCCCACCUGGCUACCCUGGGAAACCUGGCAUUGGCAAACCAGGGCUCCACGGCCAACCAGGCCCCGCAGGCCCACCUGGCUUUUCUGGCAUUGGCAAACCAGGCAUCCCAGGGCUCCCUGGCAAGGCAGGUAUGAAAGGGAUGCCUGGAAUUAAUGGUGAGCCGGGCAUGAGAGGAGACCAAGGGCCACGAGGCUUGCCAGGCCCUCCAGGAGUGCCUGGACCAGCUGGCAUUUCUGUGAACGGAAAGCCAGGCGCAACAGGAAGCCCAGGCCUGCCAGGAUUCCGGGGGGAGCCUGGGGCCAAAGGAGAGCCUGGUCCCCGUGGCGAGCGUGGCAUGAAGGGUGAAAAUGGGGUUGGGAAGCCAGGGUUGAUAGGGCCGCGGGGAAACGGAGGCCCCCCAGGCCCUGCAGGCCCUCCGGGGCCACAGGGAAUUGGGAAACCUGGGCUUGAUGGGUUGCCUGGUGCUCCAGGUGGCAAAGGUAACCCAGGGCUUCCAGGAGAGCCAGGGCUCAGUGGGCAGCCUGGCCCUAUGGGCCCACGUGGCCCACCAGGUGUGGAUGGAAUUGGUGUGCCAGGGGCAGCUGGUGUGCCUGGACUGCAAGGGCAUGUGGGCCCCAAGGGAGAACCUGGUCACCGUGGCCUUCCUGGCAUGCCUGGGCCUACAGGGUACGGGAAGCCUGGGCUGCCUGGCUUAAAGGGAGAUCGUGGGCAACCAGGUGUGCCAGGAAUCAGCGGAGAAAAAGGGGAGCCCGGAAUGGAUGGAGAGCCAGGCGAAAUGGGUCCCCCUGGUAUCACUGGGGCCCCUGGGAUUCCUGGCUCUAUGGGUAUGCCAGGUAAACAUGGCAUUCCAGGCCCUAAAGGUGAAGCUGGACCAAGUGGGCCUGCAGGGCUACCAGGUAUGCGUGGGGACCAAGGGCCUAGCGGUUUUGUGGGGAAGCCAGGGAUUCCUGGGGAGCGAGGAUUGCCUGGACCACAAGGGAUGCCUGGCCCAAUGGGCCCCAAGGGGGAAGGUGGAUUUGCUGGUCUCCCUGGGGUUCCAGGGAUUACAGGGCCCAUGGGCCCAAAGGGGGACUCUGGUAUUCCAGGGCAACCAGGCCUCAGGGGCUCAUCAGGGAUACCAGGUCUGCAAGGCCCUUCUGGUCCAAUGGGGCCCCAAGGUUUACCAGGACUGAAAGGAGAGCCUGGCCUCCCAGGCCAACCAGGAAAUGGCAAAGUAGGGGAGCCGGGUAUUGUAGGUCCCAGUGGGCCACCAGGGGUUCCAGGAAAUCCUGGAUUAAAUGGGCUGCCAGGACCACCAGGGCCACCUGGACCCCCAGGAGCACCCGGGAUGUUUGAUGAGACAGGGAUUGCUGGCCUCCACUUGCCAAAUGGAGGUGUAGAGGGAGCAGUUCUGGGGAAUGGCAAGCCUGGGAAGCCGCAGUUUGGCCGAGGGGAACUAUCUGCCCAGAUGGUACCUGCCUUCACUGCCAUCUUAACAUCACCAUUCCCAGCCUCAGGAAUGCCAGUAAAAUUCGACAGGACUUUGUACAAUGGUCACAACGGCUAUAACCCAGUGACAGGAAUCUUCACUUGUCCCAUCUCUGGCAUCUAUUACUUUGCCUAUCACGUGCACGUUAAAGGAACUAAUGUCUGGGUGGCACUUUACAAAAACAACGUGCCUGCCACCUAUACCUACGAUGAAUACAAAAAAGGCUACUUGGACCAAGCUUCUGGUAGUGCAGUGCUUGAACUCAAAGAGAACGACCAGGUCUGGAUCCAAAUGCCAUCGGAUCAGGCCAACGGUCUGUACUCCACUGAAUACAUCCAUUCAUCUUUUUCUGGAUUCCUUCUUUGCCCUACAUAA